CUGCCUCUUCCAAAGUCAGCAUGAUAGUUAUGUUCUGCAUUGGUGGCGGAAUCCUGGUGGCCAUGAUCGUGCUGAUGUGUGUUGUCAUCUGUCUUUACUACAAAGUAGCCAGCGCAUUAAAAGCUCCAAAGAUACCUGUUUGUUUCGCCUUAAAAAAUAAUCCAGCCAUGGUCACCCAGGACAAGGUCGCUGCGGCCAUCACUGCUGGGCCUUGUCCCAAUCUCCAAUGCUGUGAUGAAUGUAGUAUGUAUGCUGGCUUUGAUCGCCUGCCACCGUGCUUCUGUGAUGUAAACGAGGGACUUUGACUUGAGUGGGCACAAAUACCUUCAUGAGCAAUAUUUCUUUCAUAGUAGAAUGUUUUAUUAUUCAAGUCAAGUUUUAUACUGUUUACAUUAUAUCAUGUACCAUAUAACAUAUUUAUGUACUUUUGAAUAAAUGCGAUAUUGAAAAUAAUCCUUUAUGCCUCCAGUAUUGUUGUUGUUAGGUAUAAAAGUACUUAAAGAUGUGUACUGCUCACUUUGGGACUUGGGGCAACCAGCCUGUACUAUUACACGGCAGUAGAGAGGUAGAGUCAGAAAUACAUCCAGUUCUCCAACCCCAGGAAAAAAAAAAGGAUUUAUCUUAGAGUGUUUCCAGUUUCAGAUCCUGCUCAACUUCCGGAGCAGGUUGGCCCUUCUCCUUCUAAGGGCUUCAUUCACCCUCAUCCAGCUACUCUGCUGUGGAACAAUUGUUACAUUGUCUUGGAGGGAAACUCCAGUCAACCCAGAGGGAGAACGGCCAGGUCGGGUAUCUCUGGGUUUGGGUUGCCUGAUCUGUGUA